CUAAUUAGGAGCCUUUGGGUGAAUUCUGGUCCCGCGAGAGCACCUGUCAAACGUUCUUUAUGUCAAAAUUUGCUGUGACACUACACACAACACACAACUGUCAGACAACAAUAAUGAAAGAAAAAAAUUACAUACAUUUUACUGGCAUAUAAAGCGGUGUUUUUACAAUAAUGUGAACGUGUUUUAGUUGGAAUUUGUUUAGGAUUAAGUGCUCUUUUAAUUUGCUUUACCGAAAUGGAGGUUCAAGCUGCAGAUCAUGCGAAAAAAAGGGAAUGGACUUUAGCGUUGGAUUAUUACAAUAAAUUGCUGCAGAAGCAGAAUAACACCGAACAACAAAUCCUCACGUACAUUUUAGACCGUUCAGAGUGUUUAUACCAACUAGGUCACCACGAAACCAUCAUCAACGACUGCAGACACAUCUUAAAAACAUUCAAUGGCAAGUACAACAACAUCAAUGAACCUCGAACUAGAAUCCAGUUGAUUCGGUCUUUAUUUGCGUUAAAUCGGCUCGCAGAAGCGGAAAUGGUGAUCAAAGAUUGGCUGAUGAUGGUGAAACAGCUGAACCAGAUUGGGGAUGAGAAGUUGGGAUUGGAGAAUGCGUUGGAGCGCUUUUUUGCGUUGAAUUCGAGGCAGAGUCUCGAGCCUUGGUUGAAUAAUCUCGAUAAAAACUACAGUAAAACGAAACCGAUGACCAAAUGUCUUGAAAAAAGUCAACAAGGUUCGACCGUUUUUUGCAUUUAUUGUAAUCUUUCGUUUAAAGAUAAAGCCGAUCUGAUGUCACACUGUCUCACUCAAGAGCACGAAACUAUGAUUAUGUCGGAUGAGGGGCACGACUGGCACUGGAGGGCCCCGCCGAGGGGGUUUAAGUCGGAUUCGUACACCAUUUGUGAGAGUUGGAAGGAAUUGGGGACUUGUCGGUUUGGGAUCCAGUGUGUGGAGGCUCACGGCGAAGCUGAGCUGAUGGAAUGGAAGGAGAGGUUUCAGUACAGGGAAAUGAAGAUGAUGAGGGCUAAGGAGAAAGAAUUGUAUGGCAAAUCCUACACCGAGGACCUCCUCGAGAAGUGGCUGCAGACCCCCAACAGCAAAACCGUGAUGACCGAACGGAUCGACGGCGUCGAGGACACCUGCUCGUGCCCGCUUUCCGUGAUAGUCUCUUCCAAAAACAGCAACCACAAAUGGAAAUUCCACAUGCAGACCCGCAAACCCCUCCGAGCGAUCGCCCUCCUCCAGGACACCUACCGCAACCACUUCCACCUCUCCGAAGUGAGCUGCGGCAAGCAGACCUUCGACAUCAAGAACAACCAGGAGUUCAUCGCCACCGCCGACCCCAAGUCCACCGACUACGCCAUCGUCGUGAUCUUCCAGACCACCAUCUUCGGCACCUUCCGCCAGUCGGUCGUCUUCGACUUCGGCUCCGAGCCCGUGCUCGUGAAGCACCUGUGCGUGGACGUCGUCCCCGACUCCGACAUCGAAAAAAUCAAGGAGAUCCGCAAGGAGAUCACGUGCUCGGUGUCGGAGAGGUGGACGAGCGCGAACGCGGAGAUCGUCCCCUUCGUGUCGACUUUGGUCUCCUUGAGCGGGAACCUGGAGUGGGAGACGAACUUGAAGGCCAUGUAUCCGUACCCCCAGGUGGACAGCUUCGUGCUGUCGAACGCGACCGUCUCGGAGAAGAAGCUGACCAGGAAUAAUUACCGGGAGCGGAUGCACGAGCUGCUCCUGGUGGAGGAAAUCGCGCGGUAUAACCUGGUGUCGCAGUACAACCUGACGACGAGGCUCCAGAUAGCGCACAGCUACUUGUUGAGCCCCAACAGCAUGGCCGCCAGCACCGCCAAGUACUCGGGGAACGGCGAGCUCUUCGCCUCCGUGGCGCUGAGUCGAGAGCUCUCGGAGGACACCCCCGAGGGGCGGCUCAUCCUCAUGCACUGCAACUCGGUCUACUUGCUGCCGAACCCGUCCGACGACCGAUCUCCGCGUAAAGUUUACGAAGCCAUCAUCGAAGAUAAAGGCAAAGACAUGAUCUACCUCCGGCUUUCCUCUGAUACCGUGCGCGAUCUCAACCUCACCACCGACACGGACCUUGAGGUGCAGAUCCAGUUCCAGUUGAACCGGAUUCCCUACUGCGAGUGGCACUACACCAUCGAUAAAAUCAAAAACUACAAGUUGAUUUUCCCGGAGACUUACGUGGAGCCGAGGAUCCCGUGGUCGCCGUCUAGGCAGUGGUCCGCGUCCCUGGACAGUCGGCUCAAUUUGAAGCAGAAGGAGGCGGUGGUCGCGAUCACGACGCCGCUUUUUGUUAAGAUUCCGCCGAUUUUGGUGAUCGGGCCCUUCGGCACGGGGAAGACGUUCACGUUGGCGCAGGCCAUCAAGGAGUUGAUUAAGGAUGAGACCAACAAGAUUUUGUUGUGUACGCAUUCGAACAGUGCGGCGGAUUUGUAUAUUAAGGAUUAUUUGGAUAUUUGGGUGGAGAGUGGGAACGAGAGUGCGAGGCCGUUGAGGAUUUAUUACCAGAAGCGUUGGGUGGCGACUGUUAGUCCGGUUGUACAAAAGUACUGCAGCAUCAAAAUGACCGGCACCUCCCGCGAAUUCCAACUUCCCACAUUCGCCGACAUCGACCGCCACAAGAUCGUCGUCGUGACCCUCUCCACCUCCGUCUACCUAUCGGCAAUGGGCCUACCUCCCGGCAUCUUCACCCACAUCCUCCUCGACGAAGCCGCCCAAGCCCUCGAGUGCGAAACCAUCACCCCCCUCGCCCUCGCCACCGAGAACUCCCGCAUCGUCCUCGCCGGCGACCACAUGCAGCUCGGCCCCGACAUCUUUUCGAAGUUCGCCAAAGACCGCAACCUGCACAUCUCGCUCCUCGAGCGCCUCUACGACCACUACCCCCCUCAGUUCCCGUGCAAGAUCCUCCUCUGCGAGAACUACCGCGCCCACGAGACCAUCAUCCAGUUCACGUCCGAGUCCUUCUACGACCAGAAGCUCGUCUCCAGCAGCAAGCAGCCCAAGCACUUCCGCUUCUACCCGCUCACGUUCUUCACGACGCGAGGCGAGGACGUGCAAGACAAGAACUCGACGGCGUUCUACAACAACUCGGAGGUGUACGAGGUGGUGGAGCGCGUGGCCGAAUUGAAGCGGAACUGGCCGACGGAGUGGGGCGAAGUGAACGAGCAGAGCAUCGGGGUGGUGACGCCGUACGCCGACCAGGUGUUCCGGAUCCGGUCCGAGCUGAGGAAGAGGAAGAUCGACGUCUGCGUGGAGAGGGUGCUCAACGUGCAGGGGAAGCAGUUUAGGGCGAUUAUUUUGUCGACGGUGCGGACGAGGAGAACUUGCGCGAACGGCAAGGGCGAGAGUGAGGUGGAUUAUGGGUUUUUGUCGAAUUCGAAGUUGCUGAACACGGCGAUCACGAGGGCGCAGAGCUUGGUGGCGGUGGUGGGGGAUCCGAUCGCUCUGUGUUCGCUGGGGAGGUGCAGCAAGGUGUGGGAGAGAUUCAUCCAGAUUUGCAACGACAACGGGAGUUUGUAUGGGAUCACGUGGACGCAGCUACGCUUCCAGUUGGAUGGAAUCGAGUUGAAGAAAGUCUACACGUUGAAUCCUCUAGCGCCGGAGUUUAUACCGCGCAAGUACAAAGAGUUGAUGCAAGAGCAGAAUUUGAUCCGGGUUCCGAAUUUGAACCCGAUACCUCAGCCUAAAGUACUGCCGACUUUUCCGAACAUUCAGAGCAACGUUAGGGUGGUACCGGUGUUGUACCAGCAGAGACCUGCUCUCACCCUUCCGGCGCCCUACGUCUUGAACUUGCCCACUUCCGUGCCAAAUCUACCCUCGCUGCCUCUGGCGAAUGGGUUUCGACCGGUGAGGGUGCUCAACCCCCACGAACUCCCAGUGGUUGCACCCUCGAGGCAACAAGUACCUGUCACUCCAGUGAGCGCGCCGCCUCCGACUCCAGUACCAAAGAAGGCUUGCAGUACCAAGUUGAUCCAGUUUAUGAACAACGUGCAUUUUCCAGAGGCACAGAUGUUGAGUGACUGUGUGAAUUUGCUACCUCAGCAUAUGUCACUAGCUGACAUGAUCCAACAGCCAUCUAGCGUCCAGGAGCGGUGGUACAACUACCUGAGAGACACCUCAGGGCAAAUGGCCGCCGACAAGUUCAAGUACAUCCUGCAAACCACCAACCAGAAAGGGUCUCGAGUACCUGACAACAACCUCCUGGAACGUACCACUCCUCAUUCGUCGUCGGAUUCGCCGACUUUCAACUGGUACGACAGUCCUUCCAAUCAGAUCAACUUCAACAAGCCCAUUUACAUGAAAGAGGUGGAUUCGAACACGAACUGGCUGGAGUUUAAUAGGUCGAAUCCGUUGUACAAGAGGCAGGCGACGCAGCAGACUCGGGUGAACGCGGCCAGCGUGAACGGGGUCAACGGGAUGAAGGAGAGUGACGUUCAGAGACACAUCAACGAGGAUUUUGCUAACUUGAGGAUCAACAAUACCAGUAGCGAUGACUUGUACGAGAUUUUCAAGGCUUAUAACGGGGAGAACCAAAGCCACGGCUCCACCACGAAUAGACCGUUGAGUAACGCGAAUGUGAGCGGGUUUUAUCAUUAUUUUUCAUAAAAUCUGUUGUACCUACAUUGUAUAUAUCAUACAAGAUAGUCACUUGCUGUUGUUAUAUAUACACUUGUUUAUUGUAGAUAUAUUCUUAGAAAUUUUUUUUACAGUAUUUAUAAUGAUUCUAUAAAACAAUAAAAGUAUUGGUUUUUUAAA